AUGUCAAUAUGGGAGAAAAUUGAAAGUCUCGAAAAAACGCAUUCAAUGGUCCAUAAUGAGCUUUUACUGACCAUUGAUCUCCUCUAUUUGCAAAAGAAAGCGGGCUAUCAACUUUCUUUCUCCCCUGACCUAAUGCAGAAAUUAGAAAUUAGAAGGAAUAUUCAAAUGAGUUUAGAAAAGACAGGAGCUAUUCUUAAGUCUGUAGUCAAGUCUGGAUCGAUGGCCAAGCAACCGGGCUCAGCCCCUGCAUUGACAACAGAAGAGUUGCUUGCACAAAGACUCCAGGAUUUGGAGAGGCAAAACCAUGAUUUAGCUCUAAGUAUAUAUGAGUUAGAUGAUCAGAAUACUUUUCUUAGAUCAAUUCUAGAUAAGGAACGUGAUAAAUAUUCUCAGCUGCUCCAAAAAUUUCAGAAUGAAUGUCAAAUACUAACUGACAAGGUGACUCAUCAAAAAUCAUCUACAUCUUCAAAUGGUGAUAUAAGUUCUGUAGAUAUAGAUCCUACUUUACAAGCUAAAGUUCAUGCCCUUCAAGAAAUUUUGAAUGUCCUAAGGCUUGAUGCAGGAUGUUCUAUUGAUGAGCUCAGAUAA